AUGCAGAUAUUUUAUCUUCUGUUCAUAUUUUUUCAUGUUGAGUUGGCUAUCGGUUUGAUCAGCGUCGAUUUGACUCACACGAUCAAAUCUACAAAUCCUGUUUUUCCCGGUUUAACUCCUUUUAAUUUCACCGAAACUCGAACAAGCUGGAGUCAAGAUGAUUCAAAGAUGUAUUAUUUCAAAGCAAAGAAUACUUUCAUAACUGAUGAGCACUUUGGUACUCACAUCGAUGCGCCAUAUCAUGGGUCAAAUACAUCAUGGACAAUCGAGCAGAUUCCAUUCGAACGUUUAGUAUCUAUUCAAGCAUUAAUUGUCGACGUAUCCGAAAAGAGUGAACGAAAUGCAAAUUAUCCCAUUGAAAUCGAAGAUCUUAAUGAAGAAGCUAUGAAAGGAGCAACUGGAUAUUUCGUUCUUUUGUUUUAUACGGGAAAGUCGAGAUUUUGGCCUAAUCAAAAAGACUUUGCUGGAGGUCAUACUAGAGAAGAACUUGCCUUUCCAGGGCUUAGUCCGCAAUUAGCUUCGUAUUUAACAACGAAAUAUUCGGGAAAACUUGUUGGAGUUGGCAUCGAUACUUUAUCAAUUGAUCCUGGUUCAUCCAAACAUUUUCAAGCUCAUCGAACGUUAUUCGAAAAGAAUAUCUAUGUUUUGGAAAAUGUGGCUGCAUUGAAUUUGGUUUUAGAACACCUCAAGAAUCAACCGCAAACAUUCUUUGCAUUCGAUGUGCUUCCAAUGAAAAUUGAGGGCGGUACUGGGGCACCAUGUCGAUUAGUAGCGCGAUUAGAAGAUUCUAGAAGAACUGGCGGUAAAUGGUUUGGAUUCCUUAUCUUUUGUUUAGUUAUUUCGACAAUUGGCAUCGCCCUCAAAGCAGUUUAUGAUUUGAAAUACAAUCCAACGAAAAAUUUCAACUAG